CCGGGUGCAGGCGAGAAUUUCGUCUCCUUCGCCCCUUCUCCUCUCUCUCUCUCUCUCUCUCUCGCCAUUGCCCACCUUCUUAGUUCUUACUCCUCCCUAGGGUUUUAAUAAUGAGCUAAUAUAAGAUAUCCCCUCCGACGAUCCCCUUGUCCUCUCCUCUCCUCUCCUCUCCCUCUUCGAUCCAAUUCUCCCAGUCCAACUCCAUAGAUCUGAAUCCGGUCGAAUUGGUCCGAAUCAAUGUCGGAUUCGGAUUCGGAUUCGGCAUCGUCCCCGAAGGCGUCGAGGAGCAGCUCCGACUCCUCGAGCUCCGGCGCCGCCGCCGACGACGACGCGCCGGUCACCGUCCCGAGGCUGGCGGUGGCGCCGCCGCCUCCGCCGCCGCCGCCGCCAUCGUCGCCGCCGCAGAGCCCCGGCGCCGACCCCUCCGCCUUCGCCGAUCCCGGAUCGCCCAGCAACGACAGCGGCAGCAGCGACGGCGUCCUCGUCGAGCUCCCCGGCAACCCCGAUCAGGAUUCUAGCGGCAUUCUGGUGAAUAUUGAUGGGUCGACGCAGGAGGCGCCGGACGAGCGGGACCGCGGAGAGGACGGCGGGCGGGAGGAGACGUUCGAGGAUGCGUCGGACCUGAUCGAGAUCGCGGAGAGAUCUGGGGAUAGAUCGGCGGGCGAGCUCGCCAGAGCCCAGGCCCGGCUCGAGGACGCCGCGGUGGAGUGCUGUAAGUAUAAGGAAGAAAGAGAAGUGUUUGGGAGAGAAGUGGUCAGUCUACGGCAGCAACUUCAAGAUAUUAUUGAUCAUCAGCCAGCAAGCAGUGAUGAGUCAGUUGUGCAUGCGCAUCGAGUUGAGUCCGGUGGAGACGACGAAAUGGCAGUGUCGUUUCCCACGCCGUUGCAUUCCAUGUUGAAGGACUGUUCCACAUUUAUCAAUCAUUUGAGAACUAUUGUUGAUGAGCACGCAAACACUAAGGCCACUAUUCAGUUCCUGAAUAGUCUUCUUCAUGCCAAAGAGCAGGAGAUUGAGGACCUCAAUGUAAAAGCUUCUGUGUCUUUGAUCUCGCGCAAUGUCAUUGAUUCGUACUUGGGUUCGAUUCGGGAGAUUUGGUCGGAGUCUCUGAGAGAGAGAUCGGAUCUUGCUUCCAGUAGGUUGCUAGCUUCCCUUGACACAGUCAUUGGACGAGAACAUGGGUCUUUGCUUGAUUCUGAUGUUGAAGGAGACUCUCCGUUAGAGAAGAAAACUUAUUUGCUCAUAGAGAAACACAGAGAGUUGCUGUUGGAAAUCAGACAACUUGGAGAUUCUUUGGGAGAAGUUAGGCCUGAUUCGGUUGCUUCAGGGAAUGAGCCUAUUUCUGUUCUAGGUCUUGCUCGAGAACACUUACUUGAAAGCAAGAGAAAGGAGGAAUUUUUGCAAGAGAAGAUGGGUAGACUUGAGGAAGAAAUGGUUGUUUUGAAUGAGCAGGUUAAGAAAAUGAAAGAUGAUUUAGAUAUGGCUAAUGCCGAGACAAGCAAAACGAAAAUGGAACUUGAGCAAGCGGAGAACAGAUAUUUUACUACCAAAGAAAAGCUCAGUUUGGCUGCGAAAAAGGGCAAGUCCUUGGUGCAACAUCGUGACUCGCUAAAGCAGUCAUUAGAAGAGAGGACAAGUGAGCUCGAGAGGUGCAUGGUGGAGUUGCAACAGAAGUCUGAUGCCAUGGAAGCCACUGAGGCCAGUCUUGAGGAGCUGAAGAUGUCCUUAGCUGAGAAGUCUAGUGAUCUUGAGAAGUGCUUACUCGAGUUACAGGAAGCAAAUGAUGCCCUAGAGACUGCUAAAGCUAGUGCUGCUGAGCUCAAGGAAUCGCACAAUCUUGUCAGUUCUCUUCAAGAGUUGCUCUCACAAAAGGACAAGGUUCAUCAGGAAAUCGAUAAGGUGAUGUCUGAGACUAAUGUUCCUGAGAAACUGCUUUCCUCAGAUUCUGUAGAUAAGAUCAGGUGGUUUGUUGAUCAAAAGAAUAUUGCAGAUGUAGUUUUCGCAGAGCAUCAGAAAGUUAAAAAUGCCUUGUGCUCAAUUGAGCUACCAGAAUCUAUUUCUUCUAUAGGAUCAGAUGCUCAGAUUAACUGGCUAGUAAGCUCAUUCAAAAAGGCUAACGAUGAUGUAAACAGGAUGCAGGAUGAAAUUGCACAGAUGCGGCUUGCUGCGGCAUCACAUGAAUCAGAUUUAGCUUCGAUGCGCGAGGAAAUUGAGCGUUUGACAGUGUCUCUUUUGGAAGAGAAACAGGAGAGAGAGAUUCUCAAAAAUGAGCAUGCUGAAUUAAGGUCCAAGCACGAAGGAAUCACGGGAAAGCUGUCUGAGGUCUCUCAUCAAAAGGAUGAGCUGAUAAAGGCGUUUGUAGAUGUUUCUGAAGUUGAGUUGGAUGGUGAGCAUCUUGUGGACAGCAACUUGAUGAUACAGAAAUGUGUUGAUAGAAUCCAAGAAAGGAUAAAAGCUGCUUCUGCUGAUCUUGAGCAGUUUGAGAGUUUCCAAAGUUUAUUGUACAUUACUGAUCAGGAACUGAUACUGUGUAAGAACAUUCUUGAAGAAGAGAUGAUUGAUAGAUCUGAAAGGACCAGACUAUAUGAAGAAUUGCAAAGAAUUUCAGGGGAAGUUACUAAUUUGAGAAAUGAGAAAGACUCUUUACAGAAAGAGCUUGAAAAAUCUGAUGAGAAAACUUCUUUGCUCAGAGAAAAGCUUUCGAUGGCUGUGAGGAAAGGAAAGGGCCUGAUGCAAGAACGUGAUGGUAUCAAGCAUUCUUUGGAUGAGAAAAACUCUGAAAUAGAGAAACUAAAACAUGAGAUACAGUCUAGGGAUUUGACAAUCACAGACUUGAAGGAGCAAAUUGAGCAUUUGUCUGCUCAUUCUAAGCUUAUUCAGAAGCUUGAGUCUGAUAUUGUGUCCUUACAUAAUCAAAGAACAGAACUAGAAAGGAUGUUGGAUGAAAACAAAAAUUCACUGCAAAUAUUAGUUAGUUCUAUAGAAAAUAUUGUUCUCCCAGCUGAUAACAUCUUUGAAGGCCCUUUAGAGAAGGUGAACUGGAUUGCAAAGCACAUUCAAGAAACAGAAGCAGCUAAGAUUCAUGUACAGGAAGAGCUACAUAAGGUAAAAGAUGAAACUACCUCGUAUGCUAGCAGGUUAUCUGAUGCAUUUUUAACUAUCAAAUCGUUAGAGGAUGAACUAAGUAGAGCAAAAGAACAUAUUUCUUUUAUUACUGAAGAAGAGAAGGAAAUUCAACUUGCUAAGGCUUGUAUAGAGGAGGAGUUUGAGAAAACAAAACAGGAAGCUUCUAUAAAUGCGAACAAGUUAGCUGAUGCCCAUGCAACUAUAGAAUCAUUAGAAGAUGCAUUAUCACGGGAAAAAAAUAGUUUUUCUCUGCUGGAUGCAAAGAAGAGGGAAGCUGAAGAAAAGCAUGAACAGCAGAUAAUCUCAUUGAAUGCCAAGAUUGCUGAAUGCUUUAAAGAGUUGGCAGGAACUCGUGGCAGUUUGGAAAGUCAUUCAGCUGAACUGCAUAGUCACCUUGGACAAUUUAAGAUGCUUAUGAUGGAUGAACACCUUGUAACCUUGAUGACUGAAGAGUUCAGAAAAAAGACCAAUAGCUUGACAGACAUGGGCCUUGUAAUGCAGAGCAUGCAUGAGCAGUUCUCUGCGAAGGGACUUCAUGACUAUCAUGGCUUGGAGGAGGUUCCAGAAUUUGUGAAGCUCUUCUCUCUACCAAAUUAUGAAGAUUUUAUUAACAGAAAAAUGGCUCACGGUAAAACAAGUUCGGCAAACCUUGAUGAAGCUCUAUCCUUUGGUACGGUGAUUGAAGGGUUGAAUAAUUGGGUCAAAUCUCUUGAAGACUCUUUUAAAGAUUUGUCAGCUUACAUGGAUGAUCAUAUAGCACGUACGUUCCAAGCAUUGCAAAUAACAAAGGAUGAAUUUUUCAAUAUUCUUGAAGUACAGGAAUCCUUGAAGUCACAUGUAGAUAGGCUGGAAGCUCGUAACAAGGCUGAAGAAAGUAAACUGCUUUCUCUGCAAAAAGAACUGAUGGCACUUCUGUCUGAAUGUAUUGAUGACACCCAAGAGGUCCAAAUUGGAUUCAAUGAUCUGUUUGGGUUGGAAUCAAGAUCCAAAGUGGAAACUGGACCAAAGGUGGAUGAUAGCGAGAAUGUUAGUGCAGCAGAUAGUCUGUUAUCUGUUGCUGGGAGACUAAAGAUGCAAAUUGGACAGCUGGUAGAUGUUAAAAAAUUAUGUGCAGGAUCUAUGCAUGAUCUUAAGCACAAAUUGGAACAAACUGAGGUGGCCGCGGAAACUGCCUUUCAAGACUGUCAUCAUUAUCAAGAGAGAGGUACUCUGCUGGAAAAUGAUCUUGCUACGUUGCAAGAGGCUUACACCGAGAUGAAGACCAGGAUAGAGAAUUAUCAGACAAGAGAGGAUAUAGUGAGGGCUAGAGAGGAAGGGCUUGCACCACUCCAGCUUUUGGUUGCAAAAGAUGGAGGUACAAAUGAUCAGCAAUUUUCAAAAGACCAAGUAGAAACCCUUGUUGACAAAGUAAAUAAGCUAAAUUUCUCUUCUGAUGAGUCACAGUUCCAGGGCGAAGGAAUUUAUUUCUCAAGUCCCAUUGACAAGCUCUCGUAUAUUGUUGAUAAAGUCAGUGAUCUGCAGCAUAGAUUGGAUACUUUGACCUAUGAAAAGGAUGACAUGCAGUUACUUCUUGCAUCUCAUGUUACUGAGAUCGAACAGCUAAAGAAGGCCAGGGAAUUCUUUGAUUCCAAUUAUCAGGAUUUGGAAUCAAAGAGGAGUGAAUUAGCUGAAUUGACGGUUGGUUUAGGAAAAAUAAUUGAUCUGUUGGGAGGAAAAGAUUCCUUUGAGGAUCAGAAACCCAUCACUGUGAAGGCACUCUUGUCAUUGUUGGAAAGAUUGGCUGUUGCCUCAACUAUCGAAUCUGAGAAUAACAAGUCUACGUUACAGGAAGUGGAAGCUAAGUUGCAGGCCAAGGAGAAGGUUGUGGAUGAUCUAUCAACAAAGCUCAAAAUUCUUGAAGACUCGUAUCGUACUCGUCUUGUGCAGUCAGAGGCUGCCAAAGAAAGAACUGUCUUUGAAGCAUCUUCAUCAGCAAUUGGUUCAGAGAUAUCUGAGAUCGAAGAAUUGGGGGCGAUGGGAAAAUCUUUGAUACCUCCUGUCUCCACGGCAGCCCAUGCAAGAACGAUGCGUAAGGGGUCAAAUGACCAUCUUAUUCUUAAUAUUAAUCCGGAGUCCGAGAGAUUAAUUGCUGCCCAGGAAACUGAUGACAAAGGUCAUUUUUUCAAGUCGCUGAACACAACUGGCCUUAUUCCAAAGCAAGGAAAGCUUAUUGCUGAUAGAGUUGAUGGUCUUUGGGUUUCGGGAGGCCGAAUGCUCAUGAGCAGGCCAGGAGCCAGGCUAGGUCUAAUAGCAUAUUUGCUCUUCGUGCAUUUAUGGCUAUUAGUCACCGUAGUAUGACAUUCCCCAGCAUGUAGCCACCUCCCAUGGGCCAUGGCUUGCAAAUUGUAUUAUAGGAUGUAUAAUCAUGGUUUUAUUAUAUUUUUAUUCUUUAGAUUAGUUCACAUGUCAUUCUUUUUGUGGCCCUUCUACACAUAUUGGUAUUCAAUGAUCUACUACAAGAUUUCACACACACGAUGUAAGAUGAAAUAUCACAAGAAUAAAAAUUAUUUAAAGCUAGCACAUUUUUACA